AGUCCGACACAGUUUCUGAACGGUCCGAACGGCGGUUCCGUCACAUCGACGCCCGCCAACAAUCAUCACAAUAACAACAGUCCAUCCAAAGUCCGGUUCGCGCAGAAGACCACCGAUCAGUGGUUGCAUAUGUUUGAAACGCCGCCCUCUUCUGACUUGAGUGGAGUCACUUCCACUAACAAAGAGAACGUGUCUCCGUAUCGCAAAUCACGAAAGUGUUUGUCGUCGACGUGGAGUUCCGGCGGUGAUAUCGCUGUUCCCGGACUCACGACACCCAACACACCCGUGAGGAACGCCCAAAACAACGACAACACCUUUGAUUUGCUCGAAACGCCGAGUAAGUCUCUGAUCGAGGAGUCCUCGUCGCUACUGCUGUUCAGUCCGCCGGCGAUACUUCGAGACCCGUUAACCGACGGACUGUGUUAUAGCUCUGCCCACAGUCUGCAAACCUCUUGUCACACGAAUAGCAGUGUUUACAACACCAGCAAUGAUACCCACGAGGACAGCGGCUCAUCACUCGGUGUACACCCGCUGUCGUUUGCAUUGAGCAAAUCAGUCGAUUCUAUGUCACAAAGAAAA